GGGAGGGCCAGCCUCUUGAGAAACAGGCAGGACAGCUGGGUCGUUUCCGGACCCUUUGGGGCUGGUGGCCAUGAGUGGCCAAGUGGUCCCUUCUGCUGAGGGUGGCUUGGGCAUCGUGGGGGAGCUGCAGCCGCGCAGAGGGCUGUUCUGAGGACAGAAUGCCGGGAAGCGCAGGACUGGACGGCGUUCCCAGGAGCUCAGUGUACUUUGGUGCUCAUUCUUCCCUUCCCGUCCCAUCAUUCCCCCGGAGCACAGAGCUCCCCAGAGGGCACCUGCCCAGUGGUACCCCGGGAAAUGCCAGGCCCCCGCCUCUCCCCAGAGCCCCUCCCACCACGGCCUCCUUGCCUGUUGCAGAGAUUGGCGUGGGCAUCACCGGCUUCGGAGCCUUCUUCAUCCUCCUGGGCGCGCUCCUGUACUUCGAUUCCGUGCUCCUGGCCUUCGGGAACCUGCUGUUCCUGACCGGCCUGUCCCUCAUCAUCGGCCUGAGGAAGACGUUCUCCUUCUUCUUCCAGAGGCACAAGCUCAAGGGGACCAGCUUCUUCCUGGGGGGGGUGGUCGUGGUGCUCCUGCGCUGGCCCCUCCUGGGCAUGUUUCUGGAAACGUAUGGAUUCUUCAGCCUCUUCCGGGGCUUUUUCCCUGUGGCCUUUGGCUUCCUGGGCAAUGCCUUUAACAUCCCCUUCCUGAGUGAGCUGUUCCGGAGGUUUCAAGGCACCAGCUCAAUGGUCUGAGCAGCAAGCAGCAGAGAUGAGCUACUUGAACUUGGAUCAUUGGUUGAGGGGGCUGGAAAGGAAAUGGGGCCACCCUCUCAGGCCCCCCCCUCCUGCGCUGACUCACCUACCCUGCACACCCGGGCCUCUCCGAGUCCAGAAGGAAGGAUGGCGCCAAGUGACUGACCUCAGAUUCCCAAGUCCACUCCAGAGGCCGUGGGCAAUGUUGGGAGCAGAGCUGCAGGGCCCCACAGAGCUCGGACCGGGGCUGGGACCACACCCCACUCUGUAUGGGAGAAAAAGCAAAGAUUAAAUCCCAAGCUGUGUGUGUGUGA